AUGGUGGACAAGUCCAGCAAAGGUAGAAAGGAGGAGGUUGUCACCAGAGAGUACACAAUCAACCUUCACAAGCGCCUGCAUGGAUGCACUUUUAAGAAGAAGGCUCCGAAGGCCAUAAAGGAAAUCAGAAAGUUUGCCCAAACGGCAAUGGGGACUACGGAUGUUAGGGUGGAUGUUAAGCUUAACAAGCAUAUCUGGAGCCACGGGAUUCGAAGUGUGCCCAGGAGAGUUCGUGUCCGCAUUGCUCGGAAGAGAAAUGACGAAGAAGAUGCAAAUGAGGAAUUUUAUUCACUGGUCACUGUUACAGAUGUUCCUUCUCCAGAGGGUUUCAGGGGUUUGGGAACCAAGGUCAUCGAGGAAGAAGAUUGA